AGGAAGAAGAAGAAGCAGCACUAAGGGGAAGUGUGCGUGAAGUGCCGCAGUGUGUUCUGCUCAGUACGGCGGCGCUGCGUAGAUGUUAACCCGGGUUUUUAUCAGCUAAUCUGAAGAAACGGACUUCCUUGUUUUUUAAAAAACUAUAUAUAUAACGGCACAAAAUGGCCACUGAUUCAGGCUACGGUGGCUCACAAAGCUAUGGGUCGUAUGGUGGUCAGCAGAGUGGACAGGCAUACGGUCAAGGUAAUGGCGGUGGCACUUAUGGGGGACAGAGUUACAGCGGCUACGGACAGCCAGCAGAUGGUUAUGGCCAGUCUCAGCCGCAGAGCUACGAUAACUACAGCGGACAGGAAUCAACUGGGUAUGGGGACAAGCCGUCUUACCCACCGCAGGGUUCCUAUGGUGGCCAGGGCCAAGGAGGUGACAGUUAUGGACAGCAAAGCUCAUAUGGUAGCCAGGGACAAAGCGGCGGCGGCGGUGGUGGCAGCGGCUAUGGAAGAUGGAGUGAAGGUGAAAGUGGUGGUCAGGGUGGAAGGUUUGGACGUGACCAAGGCGACCGCUCAGACGGAGGGGGCUACAGAGGGCGAGGCCGUGGUGGCAGCAGCUAUGACCGUGGCAGUUACGACCGCAGUGGUGGAUAUGACCGCAGUGGUGGAUACGACCGUGGCGGAAGAGGAGGACCUCCUGGUAUGGGAGGUGGUGACCGUGGUGGCUACAAAAAUUACGGUGGAUCUCGAGACUACGGCUCAAGGGAUGAACCAGGUGGUGAGCAGGACAACUCUGACAACAACACCAUUUUUGUCCAGGGACUGGGAGAAGAAGCCACAGUACAGGAAGUUGGCGACUACUUCAAGCAAAUUGGUAUUAUCAAGGUAAACAAGAAGACUGGCCAGCCAAUGAUCAACAUCUACUCUGACAAGGCCACCGGCCGGCCAAAAGGAGAAGCUACAGUGUCAUUUGAUGACCCGCCUUCUGCCAAAGCUGCUAUUGAUUGGUUUGAUGGAAAGGAGUUCCAUGGCAAACCAAUCAAGGUAUCAUUUGCCACCCGCAGAGCUGAGUUCACACAGCGAGGAGGCGGCAUGGGAGGAGGAAGGGGUGGACGAGGAGGUUUCAGAGGUCGUGGUGGUGGUGGUGGAGGCCCCAACUUUGACAUUAAGGGAGGAGACUGGCCCUGCCCCAACAGCUCUUGUGGCAACAUGAACUUUGCACGACGACAAGAGUGUAACAAGUGUGGUGCACCCAAACCAGGAGAUGCAGGAGGCUUUGGAGGUGGAGGAGAUCGUGGAAGCAGAGGUGGUUAUGGUGGUGACAGAGGUGGUGGCUUCAGAGGACGUGGAGGAGGUUUCCGUGGGGGAGACCGUGGCGGCUAUGGAGGUGGUGGCGGCGGCGGAGGAUUCGGAGGUGGCUACAAAAUGGGAGGACGAGGUGACCGCAGAGACGACAGAAGAGACCGGCCAUACUAAGUGUUGAGCAGAUGGAAACCAUUCCAGCCCUGGAGUUCACCAUGGAGGGAGUGUUUAGUUUGGGUGGGGAAGAGGACAUAGAUCAGACAUUCUCAUCUGUGUGCCUUUUCUACAACCCGACUAUUACUGCUCAUCUGCGAGAGAGGGGAACGAUGUGUUGAGAUACUGUGACAGGACUUUGGGGCUGAUUGGCAUGUGGUCAAAUGUUUGUUUUGGGGGUUUAUUUUUUUGUUUCAUUUCUUUGUACAUCUUUUUAAUUUUCCUCAGAUUCUAGUUGCAGAUGUUUUGUCAGGUAGAUGCGUACCAUUGUUUUGUAUGAGCGGAAAUGUUUUACUUGGGUUCCUUUUUUUUUUUUUUCUUUCCAAAAUGAUAUUAAAAACUGUGAUCUUU